CCACCGGCCCCGAGGCCGCGGCUCCGCUCGCGCCCGGCCCUCCCUCCGCUGCCCCGCGAUGAAGGCGGCCCAGGCCGCGGGCGAGGGGGCGCCGCCCGGCGCGCGGUCAGUCAAGGUGGUCCUGGUGGGCGACGGCGGCUGCGGGAAGACGUCGCUGCUGAUGGUCUUCGCCGAGGGCGCCUUCCCCGAGUGGUACCCGGAGGUGAAUCACUUCUGCAAGGGGGUGCCCAUCAUCGUCGUGGGCUGCAAGACUGACCUGCGCAAGGACAAGUUGCUGGUGAAGAAGCUGCGGAAAAAUAGGUUGGAACCUGUGACCUACCACAGGGGCCAGGAGAUGGCUCGGGCCGUGGGCGCCGUGGCCUACCUCGAGUGCUCGGCUCUGCUCCAGGAGAAUGUCCACACCAUCUUCCAGGAGGCGGCCAAGGUGGCCCUCAGCAGCCGCCGUCGCAACUGCUGGAGGCGGAUGACCCAGAGCUGUUGUGUGGCGACCUGAUGGCCUGGGGCGCUCCUUCCCUGACCACACCAGCAGCACAGGAAGGAGCUGGGCGCUGACCUUCUGGCCAGUUGGCUGAGCUGGACCUAGUCCCCAGGCUGUGACCACCGAACUGUACCUCAAACGGAUGUGCACCUCCGAGGCCGGGACCCUGACCCUGGCGCUGGUAUCCCUGGACUGGAGAGGAACCCCUCUGAGGCCUGAGGAAGGGGGUUCCGGGCUCACCAGCCCUGUGGAGGGCUAGGCCUGGAGACCCCUGGAAUCACUCCCAGCUCCCAGCCCUGGACUACACAUCCUGGAGCAGCCUGUGCAGCCUGGCGCCACCUCGUGGCUCUUCCCGGGGCUGCACCUUCAGGACCCGGUGGUGCUAGGACCCUCCAGCCAGAACUCACACCCUGCCCCGCCCCCUUCGCCCUGCCCAUCCCAGUGGUAACUGUAACACUAAAAUGACAUCACUUGUCA